AUGCCAUCAAGAAAAUGCACUGAGAUGACAGAAGUACAAGAAGAAGGAGAAGCUGAAGUUGAAGAGGAAGUUGCAGCAUUAGCAGCAACAGUGGUUCUUGAGACAUUGAUGGAUCUCUUGAGAUUGAUUCGUGAGAGGAAGAAGAACGACCAAAGGGACCAAGACUGGGUCCCACAGCUCCUUCCCCCUGGAUCUGCAAUCACGAGGCUAAUUAUCCGGCGCUUUUUAUUCACCUUGUAUGACUAA